ACGCUCCGUUGGUAUAAAUCUUGUAUUUCAAUCCAUCCUUGAACCGUCCUCUGCACCUCUCCAUCGCUAAUCCUUUUUCUUAAUCUUAGUACUACUAAACUCAAGUGCUCAUCACUUCACCAUCGAUUUUCAACAAUGAAGAAAGUUAUACUAAAGUUGGAUAUACACGAUGAUAAGUGCAAACAAAAAGCCAUGAAAUCUGUUUCUGGGCUUUCAGGGGUUGAAUCAGUUGCGGUGGAUUCGAAAGAAUCAAAAAUGACAGUAAUCGGAGAUGUUGAUCCAGUUGAGGUUGUAAACAAACUGAGAAAACAUUGUCAUACAACGAUAAUAUCGGUUGGGCCGAAAGAAGAACCGAAAAAAGAAGAACCGAAGAAAGAAGAGCCACCGAAAAAAGCAGAGCCACCGAAAUGCACGCCGGAACAACAACUAGCUAAUCCACCACGUUAUUAUGUCGAGAGUUGCGAAGAAAAUCCAAAUGCUUGUGUGAUUUGUUGAUUCGAAAUCUUGGGUUUGUAUAGUUUUUAGUUUGAUCAUCAUUUUUAAUUCAAGAUUAUGUCUAAUGUGGAGUGUCAAGUGUUAUCAAGCACAAUUUUUUAUCUUUUAACACUGUUAAUAUAUGGCGAUGUCUAUUGACAUUGUUCAUUAGGUUUGAGUUCACUA